AUGGACGGCCAAGAAUGUGGAGAGAACGGUCGUUCUGAGCAUGCAAUCGACAUUUUCCCCAGCCAGGCAGGCCUGCCAUGGGCCACUGCGAUUUCAUCGUGUCGCCAGAGCAAAUACUGGCAAGUCACCGUGGAUACUGCCCGAGUGUUUCUGUCACUUUUUGCAGCCGACGAAUCCUCGCAGCAGAUAUUUAAGUCUCGACAUUCGAUUGCAGAGAUUGCGCGCGCGGAGCUCGCGAAUAAUAUGGAGGAGGGAUGGGUCAAGUUUCCAGUCUAUCUUUUCUCCGAGGGUGAUAAACAGCGUACCCGGCUCCUUGCCGUAGUGAACGUUUUUAUUUUUAUAUUCGAUGACUUCUGGGAAAUGCACAACAUUGACUAUUUCUCGGAGGUCAAGAGCCUAUUCGUGGACCGCAUGCGACCCGGAUAUCAGCCCAACGAACAGACAAGAACCCCACUACAACUCCUCAUUGACAACGCCAUGAAUGAGAUUCGGUCCCUGGAUUGUGGGGCGGGAAACAACGCGGGUGAAGAGAUGAUAGAUCUUAUGGUCAGGUUCUUUGAGCGGCCACCCCCACCAAAAGACUUUCCCAAUAUGGAGGAUUUUCUACUCUAUCGGCAUGAAGAUGCUGCAGUUCCGUAUGUCCUCGGCUGCACAAAGUUCGCCCUGAAUUCUUCUGUCGAUCUCAAUAGCCCACGACUGGAGAAAUACCUUCGGUUGUUGAAGGACCACGUCUCCGUGGCAAAUGAUUUGGGCUCGUGGGCAAAGGAGAAAAAGGCCUAUGACACAGGCAAAGUAAUCUACAUGAUCAACGCCGUAGACGUUGUGAAAGCCCUAUUGUGUCUUCCCACCGACGAGUCGGCCGUGGCAAUGACGCAGGCUUUCCAGCUGCAAAUUGAGAUAGGCAUGGAUGCUGAGAUUCAACGGUUGCGGGCUGAAGAGAGCUUAACACUCGAGGAAUGGCGGUUUAUCGACGCUACUUUGCAUGUUGCCAGUGGCAAUGUCUUCGUUUCAACGGUCAUGUCUCGGUAUGGAGGGGAGGAGUUUCGCCUUUAUUGA